AUGCAGCAAUGCAUCUCUAUUUUUGAGGAACUGUUUGAUGAUCACUACUGUCAGCAAAGAUCGUUACUGCGUGGAAGUGUUCUCGAGAUUUCCGCAGAAAAGGAGAUCUGGCGCGCCCCGAUCGACGAUGUCUUCCAGUCCGCGGUGUCAUACUACAAUACUGGUCUGCCCUGCGGGUUGCGUCUCUACAACAGCCACGUCUGCUCCCUGGACUCCCUCAGUCACACCAUCCGCACGGAGAGCCCCACAGGCAAGUGCCUGAGCGCCACGGGCUCGUCCGGGCGCUACAUGGCAGUGACUGCGCUUUGUGAACCUUCGUUUCCGGGCGGCACGAAACGCGAGCUAAUCGAUGAGGCGGGAGAGACCACUUCCGAUAUCGACCAACGCGCCGGGGUUGAAUGGUGGCAUCGUCUGGCCAACUACCUGGGCCAGAGAUUUGUCCGCUUACGGCCCAACCCACCCGUGAUGAACGACUACGCGGAGACCCAGUACAUCCUGACGACGCACACCGCCGAGCUACCGACGGCGAUUCUCACACCAACCACAGCGAUAACCAUUGCCCACCAGAUCAUCAACGACAAUUCGGGCAACACGGGCUGGGCGGCGUACCCAAUUCAUCGCGUGGGGACACACACCAUCUACGUGGAUCUCCUCGGCUAG